ACACUGGGCAGUUGUCUGGGAAAUUUUUUAGAGGAAAGGAAAACUGGAAUCUCGAAAACGCAGUUUGAGCGGACGCGACAAGUGAGAGCUCCGGUGCCGCACCUGCUUUGUUCGUAGUUACCUUCAGUUUUGGUGCCUUCAGCGUUGACAUCCUGUAGUGCUUGAACCUCAAAAUGUCGAAAGCAGCGCCUACGAAACGUGGACCGAGCGCCGAAGGCAAGUUGUACCUGGCUUGCUACAACGCUCUGCAAUGUGUCGGGUGGGGCUUCAUCCUGGUCAGGACCCUGGCGUUCCUGCUGCAAAACAAAAGUUUCCACGGCCUGUGGCCGCACGUCGCCCUCCCGGUGGAGUUCUUCCAGACUUUAGCGCUGCUCGAGGUUGUCCAUUGUGUGGUGGGCCUGGUGGCCACUAGUCCUUUCCUCACCCUCAUCCAAAUCCUUUCCCGGCUCAUGGUCGUCUGGGGCAUCCUUGUGCCGGUUCCCGAGUCUCAGAACCAGUACGGCGUUGUGAUGCUGCUCGUGGCGUGGUGUCUGGCGGAAAUCACGAGAUACACCUUUUACGGAGCGACCCUGUACAACUGUUGUCCGUACCCCCUUGCUUGGUGCAGGUAUUCCUUCUUCCUCGUGCUUUACCCAACGGGUGUCACAGGUGAAAUCGUGACCAUGAUCGCGGCAUUGCCCUACAUCCGUCAGCGUGGCCUCUUCAGCAUAGCACUGCCAAACCUUGCAAACUUCUCCUUCGACUACCACACGGCAGUCAUCCUCAUCAUCGCAUCGUACGUUCCGUUCUUUCCUCAGCUGUUUGGUCAUCUCCUCAAGCAGAGAGGGAAGUUCCUCGCCCCAAAGGCCGACGAGAAGCGGCACUAAGGUUGCGAGAAACGUGGCCUCAUCGCCUCUGUGCCUCAACUGCAGUUUCGGUUGCUCUGGCUUGCCACUAUCGGAGACAAGGGCUGGCCGCAACCUAACAUUCCUCUUGUUCUACCGAGGGUUCCGUCGCAAUACUCACUUACGAACAAAGCACCAAGUUUAAAAACGGAAAACUGGGACGCAAAGACGGAAUUGCUGCGGACGACAUUGCUUAAAAAUAAAGCGAACAUUGCCAAACUCCAAUAUGAAAAAAAAAAAAAAAAAA